CCCGAUUUACAGGUUUUGAAAAUGGCGGAAAUAGCUGAAGUGUUUGUUAUGUUUAAAGGAGAGUGGAAAAUUACUGAUGGUGCUAGUUCUUUUGUUGCAAACUCAUCCAAAGCUGAAGUUGUAGCUCAAGUUGAAUCAAAUUCAUGCAAAUACAUGAUGGUAUCCCAAAAUACUACAUAUGCAGAAUUACUUGAUAUCAUCUAUGAUGCUCUUGUAGUGUACAAAUCUAGGUAUGAUCUAGUUCUUCAAGUGAAGUAUAAUGUUCCCGGUAUGCAAAAUCCUCCUACUGUUGUUAUCAAUCAAGAUAAAGAUGUGAUGUACUAUUUAUUACGGUUGAUUUCGGGUCGCACUCCACCUCCAUCACCACUGUUUGUCUCUUUAUUAGACAAGUCACCAAGUCAAGAGCUGAUACCACUUCAGCAGGAUGUGUUUGAAAGUUAGAAUGAUGAGCACUGGGUUACUAACUGGAUUAUUAGUAAUGUUAAUGCAGCAGAAGCACAUACACCCAUUAGCAGGAAAACUCGAUCAUCAAGACGUACUCCUUCGACUGAUCCAUCAUCAAUUCCUACUCCUACGACUGAUCGAUAAUCAAUUCCUAC